AUAUAUAUAUAAAAGCUUUUCCUCUUUUGUACAGCCGAAAAAAAGGAAAAAAAGGAAGGCCCAAAAAGACCGAGCGAGCGACUUGGCUUCUCCGACAAACCCCUGUUUUUCUCUGCCGUCGAACCCAAAGGUACAACAAAUGGCACUCCAUAAAUAAUUUUCGACAAGAAGAAGACAAGGCCUGCUGCACAUGUUAUUGCUCAGAGAAGAGCUUUGUGUCUGAAUUUUAGUGCCCUAGAAAAAUACAUUGGUUAGUUUGGUUGCUGAUGUGGCCUUUGUAUAUUAUUCUUAAUAAAUUUUUGAAAACGGAAGAAGAAAAUGGUCGAGGACCAGAUGGGGAUCACUCGACUGCAGUUGAAGCCUAUUCAUUUGAACGGUCAUUGAUUAAUGAUAAAUACAAUGAUGCAGUCCUGCCUCACUCACACUUCAUUGAAGUACCACUCAUAAACCAGCAAUGCACAUGGGAUUGUGGUCUUGCUUGCGUUUUGAUGGUUUUGAGAACCCUUGGCAUUGGUAACUGCGAUAUUCAGGAACUGGGGGAACUCUGCAACACAACUAGCAUUUGGACUGUUGAUUUGGCUUACUUGCUGCAGAAUUUUUCUGUUCAUUUUUCUUACUUCACAGUAACUUUAGGAGCAAACCCAAAUUUUUCUGUGGAGACAUUUUACAAGGAGCAAUUGCCUAAUGACCUAGUGAGAGUAGAUAUGCUAUUUCAAAAAGCACUGGAAGGUGGAAUGAAUAUACAGUGCAGGUCAAUUAGUGGAGAAGAAAUCUCUCUCUUGAUCUUGUCAGGAAAAUAUAUUGCAAUUGCUUUAGUUGACCAGUAUAAAUUAAGUCAGUCUUGGCUGGAGGAUGCUUGGGUUUCUGGCUUCUAUAGUGGCAGCUCAGGCUACACUGGUCACUAUGUUGUAAUAUGUGGCUAUGAUGCUCUGACAGAUGAGUUUGAGAUUAGAGAUCCAGCGAGCUCUGGGAAACAUGAGAAGGUCACAUCAAAGCGCCUAGAAGAAGCUCGCAAAUCCUUUGGAACUGAUGAAGAUCUUCUCUUGAUAUCUUUGGAGAAGGGAGAGAAUCAGAACACCCAUUCGGUACAGCUCUCUUCGCUCAUCACUUUUGAUAGAUGACAUUCUUGUAUUUUAUUUACUCGUUCAUCCAUUCAUUACAUAUAUAUAUAUAUAUAUAUCAUUAUUUGUCGAUGUAUAAUUUGCGCCUGUAGCCAAUUUUAGUGUGAACUUAUAGGAUAAUAAUCCCUGUAUUUAGGUGUCCAUGUAUGUCUUAGUUCAAAUUAUUCAACUUAAAUAUUGUUGUAAUAAUUAUAUUGUAUACAUGUAAGCGAGUAUGCAAUUGUUUCUUCAGUAGGAAGGCUGCACUAUCAAACCAAUUUGGAAGCUGGUCUGCUCCACAUUGAUUAAAUUUGAGAUUGAUCCCUUUUCUUCUUUUC